CUAAACUGUAAACAGGUUUCGAAUGAAUAUAUAGAAAUGUUUGCUGUAAUACACCGCGGUUAACGGUUGAAUAUAAAUAAAGUUUACACCAAUACAGGAGUGGCACAUCAUACUUUACUCGUAAUCUUCAACACAAUGGAGAAACACUGGACUGUCGGCCACAUUUUAGUGAUUUGUGUAUUUCUGAUUCAAAUUAUAUGGAUAUCUGCUCGAUCACUGUCUAUCGAGAGGACAUGUUCAUACGGAAAUAUGACAAUAUCGCCUGGAAAACGGUUUAAACCCGAACCUUGUAUGACAUGUCAUUGCUCGAGACACGGGGGUAGGGUGACCUGCUCUGUCAAGGACUGUCAAAAGGAGGUCAACUGUCUGAAAUUCGACAAGAUGUUCAAAUCGUGUUGUCCGAAAUGUUUAGAAUAUGGAUGUGCUCAUACAGAUGGGAAGAUCUAUCAGAAGGGAUCUAUAAUAGUAGAAACGGAAUGUAUUUCAUGUUACUGUCCAGACAAUGGAGGGGAAACGUUGUGCGAUGUGACACCAUGUGAGCCCCUGGCGUGUGCAAAUGCUAUUAAACGCCCCGGAGAAUGUUGUCCAUAUUGUCCUAAUGAUUCUACGAUGGAAUGGUCGCGAUCGCAUAGAUUAAAGUGAAGAAGAUAAUCAAAAAGUAAAAACAUGUGAUAAUGUGCUCUCGAUUCUUACCUUUCUUUUAAUUGCUUUUUCUGUUUUCGACCCGUUAUGUACUCAACUAGCAAGCUGGACACGAGUUUGGUAUGAUCUAGUUCCAUUAUAACCUCGGAAAACUGCUUUCCUUUCAAUUAACCUGGUGAAGAGAUGUAGUAAUGUGAUACUAGAAAAGCCCAAAGAAAAUGGAAAUCGAAUCUGGUUAAAUUUGUCUAUAUUUUUGUUCUUAUUUUAUUAAGAAAUAAAUGAAAAGGAAGC